AAAUCAGUUACAAACGACAGUCGACGUUUACCUACUACAACAUUUACAUCAGUCUAAACCUGUGUUAGAAUGGCUCGUUACCACAUUUCAUUCCUGGUGCUGUUUUGCGUUAUCAGUUUGUUUGACCAUGGGUCGUGUAAUCCCGUUGAAGAACCACACCACGAUGAACACCAAGAUGAGCAUCACGAUGAACACCACGAUGCCCCGAUAGUUGGCCAUCACGACGCUUUCCUUAAGGCCGAAUUCGACUUGACAUCACUCAAUGCAGACCUUAAAAAGUACAUCCAUCAUGAAAUUCAAGAGGAGGUUCACGAAGUUGAAAACCAUACAGACCAUAACACGCACGAAAUUGAUGAUCUUCAUCAUGAAAUAAAAAAGCUGCAUGAUGAAGUUGAAUACUUUAAAUCUCAUCACGUUGCAUUUUCUGCUGAACUGACCCAUCCAAUAGAAAAUAUGGUCGCAGAGGAAAUAGCUCAUUUUGAUAAAGUCAGAGUAAACUCAGGACAUGCGUACCAUGCUGAUACUGGAAAAUUCGUAGCACCCGAAGAAGGCUUCUUUUAUUUCAGCGUCACAAUAUGCACCAAGAAGGACUCAAUUUUGGAAAUGGCACUACACGUCAACGACCAUGAUGAAAUGCUUAUACACGCAGACGCAGAACAUCUAGAAAUGGGUUGCGCCUCCAAUAGUGAAAUUGUGCAUCUUCAGAAAGGAGAUCAUGUCGAAGUAGUGAAACAUGGCCCCGAUGGUGUUCCUCCAUUUUAUGUCCAUACUAUGAGCACAUUCACUGGUUUCAUGCUCCAUUAGAUUCGCGCAAAGAAAAUGAUACAGCCUAUUCUUUUUCCAUUGUGAACCUGAUUCCAGUUUAUUUACUUACAUUUCAUUAGACAAAUAGUAUUUGCAAUAAUACAGUGCUUUGAGCAAAUAAGGACCAUUCAUAUAUCAUAAAGACAACUUAAAUAUCACCAAAUUUUACAUCUAAAUGUCAACAGUUUCUAUAUUAAUAAAAAAAGAAUAGUUAAAU